AUGAACGCAUCCGCAAGAACUCCAUUGCUCCACGGUCAGGUCACGCAUCAGGACGAUGGACUGCCAACGCCGGCUGCGUAUGGGCAGGUCCAAGAUCACCCGGCAUUCCUCAGAGCAUGUCAUUCACCGUGGCGAUGUCUCCCCCAGAACGUGCUCUGCUGGAUUCGAGGAGGUAUCGUUGCCUACCUGGUCGCAGUCGGCGCCAUGAUUCUCGACUUCAAGCUUCGACAAGAGUCACCUUACUCAAAUUGGCGUAUCAUCUUUGACUUUUCCGUCGUCUCCUUCUUCCAUCUAUUGGCUUAUCAUCUGGUAGUCUUGGGUUGGACGUACACCCACCUCUACCACCCACACAUCGAUGACAGCCGCAGCGGUUGGGAGUAUUGGGUUCUGAGAUUGUCUUCUCUUCCCUUCGACAUGGCCAGCCUACGCAAACAAUUCUACUUCACCUUGUUCUACACAGUUACUACUGUCUUUACCUUCAUGAAUACCGUCAUCUACUGGUUUGUGACACUGCCGCACGAUGAGAAGUCCAAUGGCGAGCCACCCCAACCUCAGCCAUCCGGAGGCUCAUCCGUGUCAGCCAUGUAUGGGAGCACUUUGGGAUUUGAAAUGACUCGUUUGGAGGACGCCCACAAGCACCACCCUGAUGAGCCAUUUACGGAGAUCUUUGGCGAGGGCUGGUUUAAGGCUUUCGUCAUUCUGAAUCUCUUCCUCAUUUCUACAAUCAUCUCCCUUGUCGAGAUAUUCUGGCUGAACAGCAUCAAACGUCCCCUUGCUGUUGGUGCACAUACUUUGGGCGUCAUCUUCUUCGCAGGUCUCUACCUCGGUUGGGCAGCUAUCGGCAAGAUCGAGACCGGUGCCGAUGCCUUCUACUGGCUCGACGAGAAGCAAGUCGGAUCGCGUGAGGCCGUGGUAGCAUUUUCGAUUGGAUUUGUCACCCUUGCCCCCAUCAUGUAUGCACUCAUGUAUGGUCUCAUUGGCAUGAGGGAGAACAUUGCCCGAGCUGCCCACACGAGACGGGUAGCCGCCGCUGCCGAAGCAGCGGGCCACUGA